GUGGGCAGUGCGAGACGAUUCUGAAGUGAUAUGAACUGUUAAAUCUUUUAUUUACCGCUUAAAGUUAACGGAAAAAGAAACGGCCUCAAAAUGAUGAACACAUUCAAAGUGACGGGCCUGGUGGCCGACCUAAUGCCAAACAUUAGGUUAAUUCAAGCUUCGGGACAUUUUAUGCUAAAUUAUCAUGCAGAUAAUUCUGGAGCUCUGCAUGCCCUCAGACUAGGUUAUCCUUGCGUGCAUCUUUUGUUCGUCUUAUUGCAAUACGGAUGCAUAUUUGGCAACUUAGUGGUGGAGAAAGACAACGUAAACGACUUAGCUGCAAAUACCAUCACAAUAUUGUUCUUCACUCACUGUCUUACCAAAUUUGUUUACUUCGCUGCAAGAUCUAAACUAUUUUACAGAACCUUAGGAAUUUGGAACCAAGCCAACAGUCAUCCACUUUUUGUUGAAUCGAAUAACAGAUAUCAUGCAUUAGCACUGAAAAAAAUGAGGAAUUUACUUUAUAUAAUUAUGAUAGGAACAAUAUUUUCGGCAGGAGCAUGGUCUGGAAUUACUUUCGUGGGUGACAGUGUUCAUUUCGUAAAAGAUCCUAAUAAUGAAAACGAAACUAUACCAGAAGAAAUUCCGAGAUUAUUAAUAAAAUCAUGGUAUCCUUUCAACGCGAUGUCUGGAAUGUCUUAUUAUAUAGCGUUGGUAUUUCAAAUAUAUUAUGUCUUGUUCUCACUUCUACAGGCAAAUCUCCUUGACAGUUUGUUCUGUUCGUGGUUGAUUUUUGCCUGUGAACAACUGCAGCAUCUUAAGGAAAUAAUGAAGCCUUUAAUGGAAUUAUCAGCUUCUUUGGAUACGUAUGUUCCCAAAAGUGCGGAUUUAUUUAAAUCACCCAGCGCUACAUCUCAUGAUAACUUGAUAGAAAAUGACUAUAAUCCCAAAAAUGAUGAACUAAACUUAAAAGGAGUUUACAGCACAAGGCAGGAAUUGGGAAAUUUGAAUUUUAGAAGCGGUGCUUUGCAGACUUUUGGACAAGGAGGUGGUGGCGUUGGACCAAACGGUCUUAGCAAGAAGCAAGAGCUUAUGGUCAGAUCAGCCAUUAAGUACUGGGUAGAAAGGCAUAAGCACGUUGUAAGAUUGGUAACAGCUAUAGGUGACGCAUAUGGGGUAGCACUUCUUCUGCAUAUGUUAACAGCAACUAUUAUGCUUACCCUCUUAGCCUACGAAGCAACAAAGAUUGAUGGAGUCAACGUUUACGCUGCCACUACAUUAGGAUAUUUAAUCUACUCUUUGGCUCAAGUAUUUCACUUUUGCAUAUUCGGAAACCGUCUGAUUGAAGAGAGCUCUUCUGUUAUGGAAGCAGCCUACAGUUGCCACUGGUAUGACGGAUCAGAGGAAGCUAAAACGUUUGUUCAGAUCGUAUGUCAACAAUGUCAGAAAGCUCUAUCAAUAUCCGGGGCGAAAUUUUUUACCAUUUCAUUGGAUCUGUUUGCCUCAGUUCUUGGUGCUGUGGUCACUUACUUCAUGGUAUUGGUACAACUCAAAUAACUUAAUUACUUUAAUUGUAAUUACACAAUAAUGCAGGCAUUAUUGAAAAAAUGCGGUUCUCUUAAAAUUUGUAUAUAGAAUAGAAACAAAGAAUAAAUAUAUUAUCUAAAUACCGGAAUGUGAUACUGAAAGAUUAGAUUCAUAUUCUUAGUAAUAUAUGUAGUUAUAUGAAUAUUCGUUUAUAGUACAAAGUUUUUUAAUGGUACUAAUCUACAUGAUAUUAUAUCUGAUACGUAAACCUUGAAUUAUAUUAUUAGAGAUUACUAAAAUAACAAUCAAUAAGUUUGUUAUAUUUUUCAUUUACUUAUUAAAACAAAUAUUUGGUACAAAAUAUUUUUUAUUUUGUAAUUUCUAUUAUCUUAUAAUUUGCCUGUAUAUAUGCACUUAUAUUAUUUAACAUAAUGUUAAUUUUAGUGAUUUUUCUAAUCAGCACAUAACUAUAUUUUAAUAAAUUAGACAAAUAUUUAGUUUCUAAUAAAUAUAUUAUAGCCUCUGUUAAUGCGCAAGUUUUAUUAGGCUGUAUUAAAUUGUGAAACAGCUUAUAUUUACACAGUAUAAUUUUUAAAUGUUUAUAGUAAUUCAAAAUUAAUGUUAUCUAAAUUUAUUUUCAUCUUUAUCAUUUCCCA